AACCGAAAAUGUAGUUUAUUAUACAUCCGUUGUAUACACGAGGGUCGAGACCUAAGAAAAACAGUCCUUUAAGCAUGGGUUUAAAACAAAGCUAAACCAAAAAACACCCAAAAAACCUAAUUACUUUCAGGUUCUCCUUUAUAAACUUAGGGAAAAAAAACUACCUUCACCCACUAGUAAUCAACCCCCCUUCUCCCUCUCUUCCUAAUUCCUAUCUCUCUCUCUCCUUCAAAAAAAAAAAAAGAUCCUUUCAUUUUCAUUUUCCAGAAAAAAAUGGUGUCUCCUGAAAGAAGUAGAUCAAUGGGGGAAACAACAACAAUAACAAUGGGGGGUCCAAGGAUCUCAUUUUCAGCAGAUUUUAUGGACGAUGAUAGCUUUAUCUCUAUAAGCCCAGGGUCUUCGUUGGACAAAGACGACGAAAUCAUCAUCGAAAGGGAGAUUGUGAAGAAUGCAGCAGCUGAGUUUGAGUUUUUAUCAGGUAAAAACAGUUUAGAUGCUGGGCAUUCAACAAUGUUGACAGCAGAUGAACUCUUCUUCGAAGGGAAACUCUUACCUUACUGGCAAAUCAACCAUGCAGCUGAGAAGCUUACUAAACUCAACCUCAAAUCUUCAACACCAGAAGAUAAAGACAACGGCAACAACAACAACAAUAAUAACAACAAUACGAAAGUGAAAGCGCAUAAUGCAAGAGAUCAACAACAGAACGGGAGUGGUAUUAUGUUAGGGAGAGACCAACAAGAGCCAAGGAUAUGGUUUGUAGAUGAUGACCCAUCACCAAGACCACCUAAGUGUACUGUUUUAUGGAAAGAGUUGCUAAGAUUGAAGAAGUCAAGGUCUUCGACUUUAUCGCCUUCCUCGUCUUCAUCGUCGUCAUCGUCAUCUUCAAGUUCAUUAGGAGAUGCAGCAGCAAUGGAGGAGAAAGAGAAAGACAAAGACAAAGACAAAGACAAAGACAAAGACAAAGAAGCAGGAUUAAGUACUAGAGAGAAACACAUUAAAAGGAUCAAAAAAGGUUUAGAAAGAACUAGAUCAGCAAGUAUGAGAAUUAGGCCUAUGGUAAAUGUACCCAUUUGUACUCAGAGUGGUAAGUCCACCUCCUUACCUCCUCUUUUUCCUCUCAAGAAAAACAAGAUUGAUAGGUAAAAAAAAAACUUGAUUUUAUUUUUGUUAAUUUUUUUUAGUUUUUAUUUAUGGUUUUUUGGGGUUUAAUUAGUUUUCAAUCAGCUUGUGAAUCUGUAGGAUUCUUGAUUGAUUAUGUUGA